AUGCAAGCCCUGGCACCGACAGAUCGCCCCGCGGCAGCUCCUCCCCGCCGCCCCGCCGUCCCCAUCUCCUCCCGCCGCGCGAACAGCAAGGACCUCAAGCUCUCCCUCGGCAUGUUCUCACCGUCCGCGGACACCAUCACGACCUCGCCCACGCGCAACGCCCGCGGUCAGCACCGCUUCACGGCCAACGGCUUCCUGCCCAUGCCCCCCAUCCGCGCAUCACCCGUCUGCACCCCGACCACGAGCGCAGAUGCAUGCACGUUCGAUAGCCUUUCACGGGUCACCUCUUCAUCCAACUCGAGCCUCUCCGCCUCCCAGCUUACCACCGCUCCGACCUCCCCGCAGUCUCCGCGCUGCAAGCCGGCAUUGUUGGCGCCGACCUGGAUCGCGGUACCACCGACGCCGCCGCCACCGACCCUCGUCAAGCGCUCGGUCACUUGCGUCACCUCACGCCAUAGGAAACACGCUGCUGUCUCCGUCUCACCAUCUAUGCCCAAUACGGCCCCUCGCAGACACCCACAUCGCUCAGUCUCAGCGCCCUCGCUUUCCAUGCGCCGCAAGUCUAUGUCCGACACACUCUACCGGGCACCCGCACUGCGCGAGUACGACUUGAAUGCGACGGGCAGCAAGCUGCGCCCCGGGAUAUCUCGAAAAGUGCGCGAGCCGCAGCCGCCCCUGGCGUCGCACAUACACGCCCUGAACACGCCGCACACUUCGCGUCCCUCGCUUUUCCAUAUCGAGGGAUCGACGCCGAGCGAUGCGGACGAAGACGAGCUGGACAAUGCCGGCGAGCCAGGGCCCAGCAAGUUUACCUUCCCUGAGAGGGUGAUCACUGCCGAGCCCGAUGCGAUGGACCCUGGUGGGGAGGAGGCGGAGUGGCGAGCGGAGAAGCUGAAGGAGGACACGCGCAAGUACCAUGCCCUCAUGGAACUGCUGACGACGGAGGUGGGGUAUGUCUUGGAUAUGCGGGCUCUGGUCACGAUCUACCUGCGGAAUUUAGCCAAUCUGACCUCGCGGCCAUCCUUCUCGAGAAGCGGGUCCUCGUUUACGUCCAUUUCGCGCGUCAAUUCGGCCAACAGCAUCCACAAUGCGCUCGCGCUGACAACCGUGGACGGCCAGGGCGUGCAGCACCUCAGUCCGACGUCCGGCAAGGAGAAGGACAAGGGCCGUGUCAUUCUCAACGCCGUCGAGAUGGACAUUAUGAUGCGGAACGCGGAGGAUAUCAUGCAGCUGCAUGAGGAGUUCGUCGACGAGCUACGCGAGGCGCUUCUUCCGCACGGCAUCAGGAUGGGCGUGGUUCGCUCCGAGGAAGGCUGGCCAGAACUGAACGAUCAGUCGGACUGCGAUAUCGACAGCGCGAUUGGCGUGGUCGCGACGAAGUUUGCGGUCGAGUCUUCUAGGUUCAACAUGUAUGAGGCCUUCUGUACGGGCCAUCAAGAAGCGACCGAGGUCAUUCGCCGCGUGCAGCAUCAGCAUCCACCCGAGUGGGACGAGUUCGAACGACGCUGCUCUGACAUGGUGCAUGAGAUGUCGCCCCGACCGUCGGCGGAGGAACCUUCAACGACUCAAGCGACCCCUCGCAAAGCCGUCCCUCACGCCGCCAGCGCCUCAGCAGCUACACCAACCAAUGCAGACACCUUCACUGCGGAGUUGCCUUCGCCAUCACCUCGCAAGCGGUCAAGAUCAGUCCACUCCCUCGACGGUGCUGUUCGUAGCCUGCGGCGGCGAUCCGUAGCACAACAGCGCGAGGCCCUCCCGUUCCCGAACGAGCUUCGUGCGCGCAGGCUGACGCUGAUGGACUACCUGAUCAAGCCCAUCCAGCGCAUCUGCAAGUACCCGCUACUUCUUGACCAGCUCAAGCCCAGUCGCGGGGCGCAACGCUUGUCCGCCGGGCAGCCCUCUCGCCGUUCUGCUGUGCAUGUUGCGGUAGAGAGCGCUGCGCAGGCGAUGCGUCAUGUCGCCGCUGCCGUGGACGCAGCUCGAGCGAGGCAAGCAGUGUGUGCACAGAGCGCGCUCAUUGUGUCUCGCGUCGCAAGCGCGCUUCGGCUGUCUUCCUCCUCGUCCGCCUCGCAACACAGUUUGCCGGCCAGCCUCAAUAUGACAAGCAGCUUCCUGAGCUCGCUUGGGACGUGCCUCCUUGCCGGAUCGCUGGACGUCGUGCACCACAGCCCGCUGCAGCCGAUGACUGCAUCCGCGAAUAUCAAGGCGAAGUAUCUUGGCGCCUUCCUGUACUUGGGCGGGUACCUCAUCCUCGUCAAGGUCUGCAAGGGCAAGGUGUACGAGCCGAAGCACUGGUUUUCGCUCGCGGACUUUGAAAUUGUAGAUCUCGACGAGAGGGACGCAAUGUUGCCCUGCUCAUUCCGCCUCCUGGGCAAGGGCCAUCAGUUCGAGCUCGCCGCGGCGUGCCAGAGGGAGAAGGAGGCGUGGAUGGCGUCCAUGCGCGAGGCGAAGGCGCACCGGACGUCGUGGAUCAACGAGCCGACGUCGAGCUUGUACCUGGACGCGCGCGGCGGGCCGAUUCAACAGUCGGAGUCGGCGGAGGUGCUGCAGAGCAUCACGCCGCUGCCGACGAUCCAGAGCAUUCCGGAGCUGAGGGGCUCGUCGAGCUCGAAGAUGCUGGAGGAGUCGUUGAUGGCGGUGGUCGAGCGGAGUGAUGGGCAGCAGGGGUUCACGGAGGUCUCGAGACGAUUGCAUGAUGGGCCGCCUCAGCACAUCGCGGCGAGUCGACGCUCGUCGACUGCGUCUGUCAAGGCCAUAUUUUCAUCGGUGGACAACGAGACGGUCGUCAUCCGGCGCGCGUCGCACAAUGCGCGCCUCGCUGUUGAUCGUGGCUUGCUGGACGUCAUUUCGGAGCCAGUGCUGGCGGCGCGUGCGCAGGCAAGCAGGCGCGAGGAAGACCUCUUUCAGGCGCCGUCGGUGGCGGGCUCGCGCGCUACGCCACGGGCGAACUCGGGCUUGAGCAUCGCGAAUGCGAAGAGCAAGCUGACGCGGCAUGAGAGCGUGCGCGUGUACAAGCGCAACAGCAUCUUCGACGUGGAGGCGGCCUCUGCAGACCGUACGCGCGGCUUGUCCCUCGCCAACCGGCGCCUGGCGAAGAGGCCAAGCGUCAUCUCGACGGAGGGCGUCAGCGCCUUCAGCCCGGCAUCUGCAGGCUCAUCGCCUUCGCCGUCCCCGUUCUCGCAUUUCUCACAAUCGUCCGCGCGAUCGUCAACGAGCAGCCCCGUCAAUCUCACCUCGUCAUCGUCGCACAAGGGUCUCCGGCAUGUCCCGAGCGAUCCGGAGAGCAAGCGGCGCUCGUCGCUCGUGCGCAACUUCAAGGGCUUCCUUCGCGGCGCGUCAUCCUCCUUCUCCUCCACCAACUCCAGCACCCGGACGUUGGCGAUACCCGAGACUCAGAGUGAUCAUGGUCACGGCGCCUCGUUGCACGAUGCGAACCGGACCGUCACGCAGAGCCUCCUUCGCCGAUUCUCCAAAACCGCCGUCCGCACCACGCCUCGACAGCCGCUGCAGCACCGCCGUGCGAACAGCGCGCCAGACAGACCGGACGAGCCCGGCGGGAUCGAAAAGCCCGCCGACGAGGAGGACCCGCCCAUCGUCCUCGACGUGCACAUCCCCGACGUUACACCGUACUUCCCCUCCCUUGCGCCUACAGCGACGCACGAGCUCGACUUCACGCCUGUGUCCCCGCAUUGUAGCCCUCCCGCAACGGCGACUGCCGCCGUGCCCUCAUGA